AUGGAAGUGGACCACGUCUCAAAGCAGCUGCUCACUAUCAACACGCACCAAGGACUGUAUUGCUUCAACCGACUACCAUAUGGAGUGAAACCAGCUCCUGGUAUAUUCCAACAAUGUAUGGAUACUCUUAUCACUGGAAUAGAUGGAACCGCCGCCUAUCUCGACGACAUGUUGGUUAGUGGCAGGACCAUCGGCGAACACAGUGCUCGACUAGAGGCGGUAUUAAGACGGAUUCGAGACUACGGACUCCGCGUUCGACUCGACAAAUGUGCUUUUCUGCAAACGGAGAUCACCUACCUUGGGUUCGUCAUCAACGCACAAGGACGAUCCAGAAAAGAUCAAAGCUAUUCAGAAGAUGCCCGCGCCGAAGGAUGUCAGUCAACUUCGCUCUUUUCUGGGACUCAUCAAUUUCUACGGAAACUUCGUCAAGGAUCUCCACAAUCUACCGCUCCUUUGGACACUUACAAAAAAGGAUGUUGUCUACACAUGAACGCCGGAGUGCCAGUCUUCCUUCGACAAGAUGAAGGCAAUCCUAAGCUCGGAUCUCCUGUUGACCCACUUUGA